AAACCAAUCAGAAAGGAACACCGCCGACACGAUUCCAGAUCUAUUAUUGUUGAAGAAGAUAAACAUAGGAAGCUCGUGAUCACGGUUUUUGGAAUAGCCUUGAACGGUCGACAAAGAAGACCACGACUUUGUCGACGAGACGCGAGGAAAGGGGUGAAGAUCGUGGUGGCUAAGCCAGCGCAGCGACAAGGAAUAAAUAAUCUACAUGCAUUAUGGUUGGUGGAAGAGAAAGAGUCCAAGAGCAACAAGAAUCUCGACCAUGAAGGAGGAAAGUCCUGGUGGAAUGGGCCACCGACGAAAGGUGACAACGGUAGCAAGCGAGAAUUGCGAUGACGAGAACAAUUCCGAUUACGAGGGUUUGGUGGGAGGAGGUAUUACAAAAGAGGUUCUCGUGGUCGAGUCUCGUAACAUCACAACGGUAGACGGUGAUUACCUUAGAAUAGUGGGCGGACUGGUGGGGUUUAAGGUUGGGCGUCCUGGUUCUAGUUUCUUUUUUUUUUCUUCUUCUUUUUUCCGUGUUUUUUCCUCUUCUCUCACGCAGUGGACGCGAGGCAUCUCGUUUCUAGGAGGGGAGCAUGAGACAAAGAGUAAAUGUUUAUUUUUUCUUGGUUGUUCAGGAUCGACCCAGCAGUCGAGAUUUAGUGUAUUCAUAGUCUACUGAGAUGUGAAGAACUAGCUGCAGUAUCCAACACUCUCCGUCUCU